GCCAUCCAGAUAGCAGCUAUAGACAACGGCCUGGCCUUCCCCUUCAAACACCCUGAUGAGUGGAGAGCCUACCCGUUCCAUUGGGCGUGUCUGCCCCAGGCUAAAGUACCCUUCUCCCAGGAGACCAGAGAGCUGGUGCUGUCCCAUCUGUCAGACAUGAACUUCGUCCAGGACCUCUGUGAAGACCUCUACGAAAUGUUUAUGGCAGAUAAAGGUUUUGACAAGACCAUGUUUGAAAAGCAGAUGUCAGUCAUGAGAGGACAGAUCUUAAACCUGAGCCAGGCGUUAAAGGAUAAUAAAACUCCCAUUCAGUUGGUCCAGAUGCCCAGAGUCGUGGUGGAGAGACGCCGGACAGGAGGACAGGGGAGGGUGGUAACGUUAGGAACAGCUUUCACCCAGACCUUCCACUGCAAGAGACCUUUCUUCUCUUCCUGGUAGAGGGAGGGAGGGAUGGCUGGAGAGGGAGGGAGAGAGGACAGGGGAGGGUGGUAACAUUAGGAACAGCUUUCACUCAGAC